UCCGGUCCGCAUGUAAACGCCACUGCGUGACUUUUAAACGUAGCCAAGAGACAGAAACUUCAUUAAUCCGUGUACAUUUACCACAAAAUACUCACUUGAACAAGUGACAGUCGUUCGUAAUCAUGAAGCUGCUCACGCACAACAUGUUGACAUCUCACGUGAAGGGAGUGACUAAAGGAUACCCGCUUCUCAUCAAGGCCACUGAGGUGAAGGUGAAUGAGGUGGACUUCAACCCUCAGUUUGUCAGCCGGAUGAUCCCCAAACUGGAGUGGAGUGCUCUCGUCCAGGCUGCAGAGGAGUUGGGACAACGGCAGGACCUGCCGGGUGAGCUGCUGCCAGAAUACGAGAACAACGAAGAGUUCCUGAAAAAAGUGCACAGAGUGCUGUUAGAGGUGGAGGUGAUAGAGGGCUGCCUGCAGUGCCCCGAAUCCGGACGGGAGUUCCCGAUCUCCAGAGGAAUCCCCAACAUGCUGCUGAACGAGGACGAGGUGUAGACAGCAGCUCCACGGUUCUCAAACACAUCCUCACAUCAAACUCAGAUGGGAUUGUGGGUACUCGGACAGAGAGAGGAGAGAGGUUUGACUUGAGUUGGUGUCAUGAGAAAACUGGCCACACGGUUUGGUUUGAUUGUUGUUCUGACAGUUAAGAGGCCGAUGCUGCCAAUGGACAGAAAAGAUUUAAAGAACAACAGAUGGAAAUGUUCCCCGAGAGACAUCCCCAGUGGUUUUAUCUGUAUUUAUUUUUGUAACUGUUUGGGUUCUUUCUUUUUUUUUUUCAAUAAAACUGUCCGACUUUCGAAGACA